AAAGAACAACCCUCGUCGAGGCAAAAGCAGGAAGUGAAUUAUUCUCUGCCGUCAUUAGCUAAAUAGGUUUGAGAUGUACUUCUUGUUCAUACUUUUGCACCACUUAUACCAAAGCCUGAAUACUAUUUUCACUGGCCGUGAAACAGGUGACGUUUUAUGAAGACACAAGAAGUUUCUCUGGCUGCGAAUUUGACUCAAGGCUUGCCCUCCCGGUCACGGGCUUCGAAUACAUUUUGACGGAAGUCAUUCGACAAUUUGGGAGAGUAUUGCUAUUUGGAAUAGAUAAUUCACUACAGCCCGACUCUUUAAAUAAAAGCAGUGAUCUUGUGUUGGGUUCGGGGCCGCCCCCUAGUGAUUGCAAUGUAAAUGGAGCUCCUGCCGUGCUCAAAGCGUUUUCAGUUAGUUUUGACCGUCGGGCGGGAGCCGCAGCAGGUGUCGGUGAAAUGUGGUCCGACGUCGAGUACAGCCCGGUGGGAGAGGAGCUGGGGAUGCGGGACUUUUGGCUUUACGCUUGGAUGCGGAGGGCGGCGGUGAUAGCGGCUCAUGUCACUGGCGUCAGCCUGACCCUCAUCAUCGCCGUGCUGUCAAGACCUGGAACCAGUCUCUUUUCUUGGCAUCCCUUGUGUAUGGCACUCGCGUAUUUCUUGUGUAUGACAGAAGGCAUCCUCAUCUUCUCACCCGAAUUGCCCCUCUUCUGCUUCAAGUCCCGGAAGUGGAAAGUACGCCUGCACUGGUUCUGUCAGACUCUGGUCCUUGUUGUUGCAGCGACGGGCCUCGGCUUCAUCGUGGCCAGCAAGAAUCUGUCCGAGAGUCGCCACCUGGCCACCUGGCACAGCCGCCUUGGCAUCUGCACCUUGGCCGCCUCCGCGCUUCAAGCCGCGUGCGGCGUCUGCGUCGUCUACCCCAAGCUGCUGUGUCUCUCCACGCCCCCGCCCAGGUUGAAGCUGUACCACGGCACAUGCGGCCUGGUGGUUUACCUGCUGGCCACAUUGACAAUCAUGGCGGCGAUGCUCUCUGACUGGUAUCAGGCCGUGGUCAAAGGGCCGGUGUGGUGGGCCAUCUUCUUGCUGCCAGUCUUUCCUGCUCUGGUGGUGAUGAACCAGAUAACUAAUGGUUACUUGCCUCGUAAGAAGAUCAGCAGCUAAGGCGGAAAAACUGGAGUGAUUUGUAUUCAGAAAAGCCUGAUGGAUGUGAUCAGUCAUGAAAGCAGCUGCAGGAGGGAUUAGCUCUGUCAUUGAUCCACAAUGUGGACUGCCACUCAUCCUCAUUUAGCAGGGAUAGACUGGUCGUGACCUGGAGGUGUUUCAAAAAUGGGUGGCCACCACAUUGAAGAUUUAAUCAACAAUACAUUCCAAUUUUACAUUCAAAUAACUGCUGUUGUGUAUAUUAUUGUUUUUGAGAGCUUUUUUAGAGUGUUUGUGAGGAUGUAAACAACACCCAGCCCCAAAUCAUAGAUUUCUUUGGAAGCAAGUAUUUAUUUUUGUAUUGUUUCUUUCCAUUGUGCUUGAAUUAACAUUUAGGUUGAACACAGUCCAGUAUAUACUUCAAGUGAGUUAAAGAAAUGACCCAAUUGACAGCGAUAAAACUACAAAGUGACAGCAUUGCUUUUUGGCAUUUCACAUUGAAUUUUUCUUCGGCUGUGUUAUGUGACUGCUGCAUACAAAACAAAUUCUAAUGAAGUUCGGACAUUAUUUUAAACACAAAUAAAAACUGAAUACA